AGGAGAUGGUGGCAAGUCGCAGUUGUUUCUCCCCUUUUCGUUGUAGUUGUCUCUCCCCUUUUUGAGCAUUAUAAGUGAGGUGUCUUCCUUUCGUUCUUCUAAAGUUGACAGUUACUUCCUCUCUGGUACCCUCUUCUUCAUGAAGUCGGAGGUAGAUAGUUGUGUCGAAGUCGUCUCUCAAACAUCAGAGAACUUCUACAGGCUAGUACUAGCGCGCCUGUCAUUUUGCUUUCGUUCUUCUUUCUAUUUAAAGUUUAGAUUCAUUAUUUGAAGUCUAGGUAAUUAAGGAAAAAUAACAAGAUGCCGAAGCACGACGUUGGUUCCUCAAAAUGGCUUGGCAACCAGAUGAAGAGCAAGGGGCUGCAAAAGCUCCGUUUCUAUUGCCAAAUGUGCCAGAAGCAAUGCCGAGACGAAAACGGCUUCAAAUGCCAUCAAACCUCGGAAGUCCAUUUACGCAACAUGUCCUUGUUCAUGGACAAUCCGACUGACUUCAUAGACCAGUUCAGUGCCGAGUUCGAGAAGGACUUCAUGGUGUUGAUGAGCACGCGCUAUUGCAAGGUGUCGAACAUCAAGGCGAAUACGGUAUACAUGGACUUCAUCCGGGAUAGGGAUCACCAGCACAUGAACUCGACGAUCUGGGCGACGCUUGGAAACUUCGUGGAGUACCUGGUGAGGACGGGACAGGUACUAGGCGAGCGCGACAACCAAGGAAAAUGGUUGAUAACCUACAUCGACAAGGAGCGGGACGAGCGCGACGCAGCGAAAGCCAAGCAGGAGAAGAGGAAACUCACGGAAGCUGAAAAUUAUGGCAUUUAAAUUUUUUUCUAUUCUGUGCAUCCUAAAUAGGUUUGCUGCACCUACCGGCAGGAUGCAUCGAUGUGACAAGAUUCCACAGUCCAGCAGUGUAGUGUUUUUGCACUUGUAACCUCCGACCUGCAAGUAAAUAGGGUAGGAGUGCUUAUGUAGUCAUCAAGGCUAUUUGUAUUUAUCUGAAAAUCCAGAUCUUCAAAGCAUGCAUCUUCUAAGACAGAGAAGAGCGGCAUCUAGCGAAGCUCGUGGCGAUGAAGCCGACGGAGGACGCCGAUGCUGAAAGCGAAAGAUUCACAAAAAGAGAUCCCGCGGCAGGCAAAGUCACCAUUGCUCUAGGUGGUGCUGGGUCAUCCUCUUUAGGAAAGAGUAAUCAAGCGACUUCUUCAAGUAGUACUACUGGUUUGAGUGGAUCUGGAUCUUUUGGAGUGACGUCGACUAACCAUAGUACUAACAAGCGACCAGGAACUUCUUUAGGGAACAAUGUUGGUGGAGCAUUCCUUGGCCUAGUUCCUGAAGGAGCAGGAGAAGCAAUUGGAGGAGGUUCCUCUAGCAGCACAGGUCCUCCAACUAAGAAAGCGUUUUUCCUGCCUGGCGCAAUGUCUAGGAGAGGGCAGUAUUUUGAGGACGAUGAAGAUGACGAAGACCUCAUUUCUGAGGAAGGACCAGCUGGUGGACUAGAAGAGGAUGCUGAGCGCAACCAAGAAAAGCGACCGGUUUGCUGGGUGACACCAGGCAUUGUGGUCAAGGUUCUGGAUAAAAAUCUGAAAGGCGGCAAGUACUUCAAGAAGAAGGGCACUGUUUUACAAGUGCACGACCAAGAAGCUGCUGCAGCUUCGUCUACGCUGUCACCAGAAGUCAUUGGAGCUAUUCUGGUAGACAUCAAGAUGCAGAGUUCCGAAGAAGGCGUUGGGGGAAAGAAGAUCCGGAUACCAGUACGGUUACUGGAAACAGUGAUCCCAAAAGUUGGGCGCGAAGUCGCGAUUGUAGCAGUUUCCUCUCCCCAUUUCGCAGCGAGAGGGGUACUAGAAGCCAUCGACGCAAAGAACUUCUGCUGUUCCGUCAAAAUCAAGACUGUGGUCGUAUCUUCAGGAAACAAGACUCCUGAGACAGAGGCAGUAGAACGAACGCUUUCCCUAGACUACGAGGACCUGUGUAAAGUAGAUACAGACUAUGUGGUGGAAGGAACGGGGUAAGCUGACGGUCCUCAGAGUAGCUGUCUCAACAAAAAAAAUCUUCGAUUGUUCUCGCCCUUGUUGUCCUUCUGUCAGAAUUAGGCUCUCUUUUCGCCUUAAUUCAUUUACAAGUCCCAACUCAUAAUAAUUUCUGUGGUUUAUGACAAUUCCAAAUGUUUCCCAUUCGACCAACGGGAACCAAUUGUUGUAACCCAGCACACAAUUUUUAUCAUGUUGUGAUUCCAAGAUUCUACAGCGACUGGUGGAAAUUGAGAACAAUACAAGACUCAGUUACUGACAUGUGUUUGCGCGUCGAUAGUAGGAAAUAAAAAGGCAAGGAGGAAAGCGUGGCUUCAAAAGAUUCGGUUUGUUUCUUGUGAGUGAUUGAAGCAAAGGCGCGCUUGUUUAACCAUCUGUGUCCCUGAGAGUAUUAAAUAUUAAGGGAUGGAAGCAAAGGCGCGCUUGUUUAGCCAUCUGUGUUCGCGACACUAGGAGUUUUCAAAAGGAAAGCAUGAACCAGUGCGCUGAGCGAGCAAAAAUCGAGCAAAGUGAGUAUCAUGUUGUAAAUGGUGUCUUUUUCCAUUAUGAUUUGUGAUAAGUGUACAGGUCAACGCCUAAACCACUAAGCCAACUCCCUGAUCAAUUUGGAAGCUCAUUUUUUUUUGUGCGAAAAUCGAACGAGAGAAUCAAGAAAUUAUUUUUCGAAUACCUGAUGCAUGUGCUGUGUUCAUCAAACACAGGGACCAGCGUGUGCAAUAUGUCAGAAACGGAUUUUUUUCGCUCCACGUGAGACAUACGCCAGGGCGUGUAUGCUGUGUAGAUUUUCCGAUGUAACAAAUAUGUUAACGGUGCCUGUUUCUUGAUGUUAAUGAACAGUUAGCAAAUAUCUUUGGAUACAACAAAAUCGAACCGUUCGCUGAACUCCUGAUCAAGAGUACAGGUUAUUAUCGUAGAUACUAGAAGAAGGUCAAGAUGGACCCGAAGAAAAAAUCG